AUGGAAGAAACUCAUAGCAAUCAAACCACACCUCCUCCUGCCACCAACAUUUUUUUCCUCUCUAAUUACUUGAAGAAUCUUUCAAAAACCCCACAAAGGCUAAGGAAGAGGGUUCUGGCCACAUGGACUCCAGAACAAGAACUCAAUCAAAUGAGGCUAAGGUCUGGUGCUGACAUGAAAAGAAAACUCACAUGGUAUGACCUUAUUGCCCUUGGUGUCGGCGGUAUGCUUGGCGUUGGGGUUUUUGUGACAACCGGACCUGUGGCUAAAGAUAAAUCUGGGCCUGCUGUUCUUGUGUCGUAUAUCAUUGCUGGAAUAUCGGCUCUUUUCUCUUCUUUGUGUUACACUGAGUUCUCCAUCCAAAUUCCAGUUGCUGGUGGUGCCUUUAGUUAUCUAAGAGUCACGUUCGGAGAAUUUGUGGGGUAUAUUGCGGGGGCAAAUAUUCUAAUGGAGUAUGUGCUAUCAAAUGCCGCCGUUGCAAGGAGUUUCACAGAAUAUUUGUGCACUACUUUUGGGCAGGAAGAUCCGAACGCGUGGAGAAUUGAAGUACAUGGUUUAAUGAAAGGUUACAACAUGUUGGAUUUCCCAGCUGUUGUUCUCAUUGUUCUUCUGACUCUUUGCCUAUGCCGGAGCACCAAGGAGAGCUCCAUGUUAAACAUUAUCAUGACAAUAUUUCAUCUGGUGUUCUUUGGAUUCAUAAUAAUUGCUGGUAUAUGCUAUGGAAACACGGACAACUUAAUCCAGCCGGAAGGCUUAGCUCCUUAUGGUGUGAAAGGGGUCAUCGAUGGUGCAGCCAUUGUUUACUUCAGCUACAUUGGGUACGAUUCGGUCUCCACAAUGGCUGAAGAGAUCAGAAACCCUUCCAAGAGCCUUCCGUUGGGCAUAGUUGGCUCCGUCCUGAUAGUUUCUGUCAUCUAUUGCCUUAUGGCUUUGUCAUUGUGCAUGAUGGUUCCCUAUAACAAGAUAUCGAGCAAUGCAUCAUUUUCAAUUGCUUUCCAAAACAUCGGGUGGAAAUGGGCUAGCAACAUUGUUGGAGCAGGCGCUAGUUUGGGAAUCGUGGCAUCUCUUCUCGUAGCAAUGCUUGGCCAGGCACGAUAUUUGUGUGUUAUUGGUAGAGCUCGGCUUGUGCCAUCUUGGUUCGCUAAGGUGCACCCUACAACCGGAACCCCUCAGAACGCCACAAUCUUUCUAGGGUUUUGUCAAGCCUCCAUAGCCCUAUUCACAGAACUCAGCAUUGUACUAGAGAUGAUCUCAAUCGGCACCCUCUUGGUGUUUUACCUAGUGGCCAACGCGCUAAUCUACCACCGCUAUGCCAUCAAAAUCAACAAUCCACCAAUCUACACCAUCAUCUUUCUCAUUCUCCUUUCCGCCGCCUCCAUUGGAUUCUCCAUCUCUUGGAAAUUCACUCACCUACAAAGAUGGGGGUUGCCGACAUUUGGAGUCUGUGUCAUCGCAAUCACCGCAAUUUUUCAGUACUUGAUUCCUUCCGGUGAUAGCCAUGACCGGACAAAUUUUGAGUGGCAGGUACCAUUCAUGCCAUGGCCAGCCGCGCUAUCCAUUUUUCUGAACGUAUUUUUGAUGGCCACUUUGAAAAAGUUGUCAUAUGAGCGGUUUGGUGUGUGGACUUGUUUGAUAACUUUGUUUUAUUUGCUGUAUGGAGUUCAUUCGACGUAUCAAGCUGAAGAAAUGGGAACAGAGGGUGAUGAUGGUGGUGAUACAGCAGUGCAUUUUCCGAAUUCAAAUGGUGAACAACCUAAGCUUGAUAUUCAAGUGCUGCAAUGA